GCAGCCAAUGCCGUGCUCGCGCUCCUCCUCCCCAGCCAAUGAGGUCGCAGCCUGCCCCAGGAGCACUCGGGAGUUGUAUCGACCUCCGGUCCCUGAAAGAUGGCCCAGACACUCGCAUUCAAGAGGCUUCUAGCUUCCUCUCCUAAGAAGCUGUCUGCGCCGUUUCGGUCCCAGCCUGCGCUGCUCCUCUCUAGGGCAUCUUCUGUCCCCAGCAGGCCACGUUCCCUCCUGCACCAGGCACAGGCCCCUCUACUUCCUUCUGUUAAGACGUUUUCUACCACUCCUCUCUGCAGAAGCACGUUCAACAUCCAGGAUGGCGAAGACUUCCAGGACAGAGUCAUCAACAGUGCAAAGCCCGUGGUGAUAGAUUUUCAUGCGCAGUGGUGUGGCCCCUGCAAGAUCCUGGGCCCCAGGCUAGAGAAGAUGGUGGCCAAGCAGCGGGGGAAGGUGCUGAUGGCUAAGGUGGACAUUGAUGAUCACACAGACCUCGCCAUUGAAUAUGAGGCUGAGUCCCUUCUCCUCCUCCAGUGCUCUGUUCUCAUCAGAGUUCUGACCAAGGCUUCUUCCCUACUGUCCUGCCUCUUCCUGACCAAUUGCCAGAAGGCCAGAAAGAGAAAAGCAGACAAGGUUCUUUGGGUCUCUGCAGUGCCAACCGUGCUGGCCAUGAAGAAUGGAGACGUGGUGGACAAGUUUGUAGGGAUAAAGGAUGAGGAUCAGCUGGAGGCAUUCCUUAAAAAACUCAUUAAAGCCUGAGGAAGAGGGAUGACCAGUGAACAUGCCCAGACCUCUAGAAUUGUCCGUGUCUUAUGUUGUCUUAUCUGGGGAGGGGUAAGGGGAAGAUGAACUGCUUUGUAGAAUCAGUGCCCCCUUUUUUCCUUGUGAGGCUUGGGUUGGGGGAAGGGGGUUGCAGCCCAGCCUCUCCUCUGGGGCAGCAGUAUCCCUGAGCUGUGCUGAGGGAUGAAGAGAAAUGAGAAUGGUCAUCCUCAGAAAGUUGGGGGGGAGUAGCUGGAGUAAGCCAUCCAGCUCUGUUAGGGAAAAGCUGGCAGUAAGGGGAAUGGGGCUGCUGCCAAAUUAAAGAAGGGAUGUUUAUCAUUUGGUCUGUUCUAUACUGGCCCAGAUCAAGAGAUGACUACUACUCUGUGGGGUGUGAGACACCCACGUGGUCCAGGUGGAUUUGUUAAAGUCAGAGGACUGCCCUGCCUUGUGUGUAAAACCUACAUCCUUAUCCCUCCAUCCCCCUGUUGCUGGGAUGGGUCUCAAUGCUGUGCAGGUCCUUGGGCCCUUGCCAUGUUCUCCCCUGCUGCUGUUUUAUAAAGAUAAUGAAGAUAAAUGUC